UUGGCCGUAGGCAUCACAUCCCUUGGCAAGGGAACAGCUGAUGACCAACAAGCAUGAAGGCGCUGGUGCUGAAACUGUUACUUCUCCUGCUGUUCCUGGUCUUGCUCUUCCUGGUCCUGCGGGUGCUGGAGGGAGUGGCCUGGUACGAGACGGGUCUGGUGAUCUCGCAGCUUGUAGACCCGUUCUCGCUGAGCGUGCGCAAGCUGAAGGUUUUGCUGGAUGGGCGGGGCAUCAGCUAUGACGGGGUAGUGGAGAAGCAGGAACUGACAGCACUCAUAGAGGCAUCAGGUGAUGUCAUGGAGGGGGAGCUCCUCCUAUUGGAGCGGGAGAGCCAAGAGGAAGCUGAGCAGAGUACCAACUUCAGCAGCGGUCCCCACUUCUAUGAGGAGGUCGAAGACAAGAAGGACAGCAUCUGGCUGAUUCAGAUCGUCCCAAGAGGUCACGUGCCUUUACUGGAUCGGGAAACCUGGAAGACGGUUGUGAGAAAAGUAUUUCACGUUGGAAUUCGGACUGGAACAUUUGACUGUGCUCAUGACGCUAGAUUUUGCCGGAAGAAAGGAUGGACCCAGCCAAUACUCAUGCUGGCCAUGCCGCAGGGGUUGAACCAGAAGGACAAAGUUGUCAUGGCAACCUACCCAUCCACCAACCUCAAGGCUCCCAAGGUCGUCAAAUGGGUCGCCACUAGACUGGCUAACACAGUCCAUCGGGUGGACGAUGGCAGACUGGUCAAAGAGUGGCUCGACGCAUCUCGGACCCAAACGGCAAAGUCCCCUAUUCGGCUUGUUCUCCUGUCGGAAGAGGAAGAAGUGGAGGCACCCCUGUUUUUCUCCGCGAUCAGCUUGAAGUAUUCCGGACGGGUCAAAUUUGGGCAGGCCGCCAUCCACAAAAGCACACGCAACUGGUUGUCGGAGGAGCUGAACAUCAGAUCGGAAUCUUCCCACUAUCUGGUGACUACUCCAGAGGGGAUAAUCCCAUACGGGAUGCGCGACGGCGAGUAUUUAAACCACCGCGCCAUGGACGCGUUUCUCGGAACUCUCUACCCCCAAGCCAAUGAUUUCUUCAUGCUUUCCUUCGUGAUCGGCAACAUGCUGUGCGUGCUCGAGCUUGCCAUGAACCAGGGGGAGGUGCUAGCCAAACGGAUGUGCCAUUUUCUCUGGGUCUGGGUGAAGUACAACGCCGUCCUGAUAAUGAUGUGGCUUCCGCUGUUGGCACUGAUUCAGAUACCCUUUUUGGACCCAGUGUUUCAGUUUUGCCAGAAGCUGCUACGAUUGUCCAGUCAGACCACUCUAGCUUCGCAGCUCAGGUGUCUCUGGAUCAUGCACAGCCACCGGGGUGGUCUGAUCGUUGCAUCGUUUUUUGCGUUCUGCGCCGCAGUUGGCUACAUACGAAGCCGCUGUCACAGCAGCGACGACACAGAAGAAUCGUCAUCGAGUAGCGAGUGGCUGCAGAGCACUGCGGUUUAUUACUACAACAUGUUGGUGCGGCCUAGCCCUGGCUUCUCCCCUGUGCUGAUGAGCAACGCCCGGCUUGAAGAAGGUGUGAACUGGGACCGUAUCAUCAACCAGGCCAUGUUUCCCAACCUGUUCCUGCUGGCCAACGCCUCACAGGAUUACCUCCGAGAUCUACCGACGUGGCGCUACCGCCAGCAAAAAAUGGCGAGAGAGUGGUCGUCAGCUGAGAAGUGCUGCGCAUACUGGCGCAGAUGCUUUUCCGACACGGAAAAGCCCCACGAGGAAAACUGCCGGCUCUUGCAGGAAUACUUCCAAGACCAAGACAAGAAACUGGACGAGAAUAAAACGGGCGGGAAGUACGGAAAGAGGGGCAAGAAGCACCCGUGUAGGAAAUGCCUCAGUAAGUUUGUUGGCGAUCCAAAGAAAGGUGAGCCUUUCCUGGUCACCAGUUCCAGCAAAGAAUCUCCUCAAGAGAUGGCCCCCAAAGAAUGCUCAGACCCUCCCACGUCUCCUGAAAAUAUCGGCAGCACCUGCAUGGGUGCCUGUAGUACGGACAGUGGGACUGAACCUGUGCUGCCAAAUUCCGAAUCUGACCAGUUUGUCAAAUCCAACCCUGAAAAUAAAUCCCAUAUUGCGAAUGAUUCGGUCGAAAGUGACAAACACAGCGGACUGAACCUGACGUGCGACUGCGGAUUUGAUAUCCAGGCGACUGUCGAUCCCGUCCCUGAUGUCAAAUCGACCUAUGACCCCUGGCCCGAGGCCAUGAUGGAAAGUCUCGAAUGCUCAGUUUGUCUGGAGCCGUACGUGCAUGGUGUUGAGCUUUGUGGUUUGCCCUGCGGCCACGCUUUCCACCAGCGCUGUAUCGUGGCGUGGCUCACCACCAAUCCCAAUCACUGUUGUCCCAAUUGCCGUUGGCCGGCCUAUAAAACCAAGGGAUCCAAAUUGUUCAAGCACAAAGAAUAAUUGUAGAGUUGUAAAGAA